AGACCAAUUUGGGGUUCGCUAUAAAAAUAAACCCCUAUCUCCACAGACCCUCCACCGAACCUGUUUGAAAAGAACUGACUGAAGCUGUUUUCAAACACACUAUAAAAAUUGGUCUGUAGACACUAAGAAAAACUAUACAAACUACCACUGUUGAUUUUUGGCGCCAAAAUCUUUUUGACGAUCCAACCGAAGCUUAGUGGCCUGCGCAAGGUUGACCUGCGUGUUUGACCUUUCAACAAAUGGCCCAAAACCAGCAGUCUACCCGUCAAGGGUGCCACUCAAUCUUCUCGAGCGAGUCAAAUGCACAGCAAACACGUUUGGCAUUCGGAAACCUCCACGGUGGACCUCGUGAGGGAUCUCAAAGCGACCUUAGUUCUACUGACGAUAGCAGUGAUACUUAUCUCUGCCGCGAGCUUGUCGGACGUGAUUCUGACGCAACGUGCAUUCAAGCGUACCCGAACCCGCGCAGUGUAGAGGACGAGCUAUCACUAGAAGUCGUCCGAGAAACAUGCCGCGAGAUCAACGGUCUAAGGAGAGGAAUAUCCCGACCAGGCAGGUUCGACCCAACGCCCGAAAAGCGAAAGAGAACCGUCACGUUUGAAACGUAUGAAACGUGUCCUUGCAGUAUAUGCGGUAUUGUAGACGCAGGCGAAGGCCUGGUUUGUGAAGUCUGCGAUAAGCUUGUUCAUCUGUCGUGCAUGAAACCACCGUUUAGUUGUGUUCCUGACGGUGACUGGCACUGCCUUCAGUGCCGAGAACAGUUUGACUUUACAAAUUUUGGGGUGCAGGCACCGUGCAUGCUUUGUGGUGUAGCUGACGACAGAGACGGCCUGGUGUGUGAUAGGUGUGAUACCGUGUAUCAUCACGAAUGUCUCGGUGACACUGUCGCAGCAUACGCUUCGGAAAAGUGGUUCUGCAGCUCUUGUCAUGACGAAGCUUAUCGUGAUAAGAAGUUAUCUUCUUUCACGAGUCGCCUAUGGGAGGGUCUUGAUGGCCAGACCGGGCCUGCGUCACCAUGCAUGAAGGAUUUAUUAUCCGCGAACGAAGGCCCGUCUAUCAUUUCUUGGCUCAAAGAUGGAGAAUUCCAAAUGCGCUAUGCAUUAUACCUUCCUGUCGUUAAUUCGGACCAGGUUUUUGAAGUUGUGCACGCUGCUUCAACGCCUCUGUUCCAGCGAUCCUUUUCAUGUAUUAAGAAGAACGUUUUCCUGCUAACAGGCAGUCAAAUGGACAUACCUCCGCGAUAUUUGUGCUCAAUCGAUACCCCCCCGAUGGUCACCCAUGUUGGAUAUAACCGAGACUGGGCAUUGCCUAAAGGUUGCGCUGCAAUAGUUCCCAUGGCCAUUGACGUGGAAUCCAUGUCUCUCAUCGAUCUGCCCAAGAACAUCCUUGAUGUGAUCUCACCGGACAAUUGCUCACAGCAUUACCCCUUGGCCGACAGCUCGGGCCUAAAUGUAUGCGAACUUUACAGUGGCCUUGGUUGUUGGCUAGAUGGUGCGCGUCGCAGUGGAAAACUGAAGUUUGGCAUGGCAGUCGAAAGUGAUAGCGAAGUUGCGCAAGUGUCCAAGGACUAUUUACAAGGUUGUGCAGAGAUAAUCAAUGAAAAGGUGGAAGUUUUGGUUGGCGCAGAGGGGCACUUCUGUCGAAAGGGAAGUUCAGCUGAGCAUGCACUGGAGUUUAUAUCAAAAUGCAAGCUCGAUUGCAUCGCCGGUUCUCCACUUUGUGAGGGAUUCUCGAACAUGAACAGACAUCACUGCAGUCACCGAUCAAAGGAAAAGCGCUGGCAUUUGAAACAUUGGGGACAGGCGGUACUUAAAUUUACGCCAGCAUAUGCCCUAAUGGAAAAUGUACCCGAAGUUACAUCCGGCCGUAAUGAAGAACACCUUUGUACGCUGCUAGCCCUUUUGGCCAUGGCAGGAUAUCAGUUGCAGACGUACUUGCUGUCGUGCAGUGCCUUUGGGGCAGCCAGCAACAGAACUCGCUUUGUGCUGGUAGCAACACGAAGAGGUAUUCCUGUUCCUCCAUCGCCGAGGCCGACGCAUCGGUGUUUUUCAGUACGUCGGCCAGAAUGCAGUGGUGUGCGUUGGGCUCUUGCGAAGGGUAAUCCGAGCGCAUACGACGGGCGUUACGAUGAAUUACUUCCGACGGUCAUGUUACGAAGGGUACUGUGUGAUUUAGGGUCUCCAACAGCACCACCGCGAGAUGCGUCUUUACCUGGCGAUCUUCACGCUGAGCGGACAGAACAUGAAAAAGUCAGAGCUCUACUCGAUGCGCUUCCAAUUGAUGAAAAUGCAUGCUACGCAAACAUCAGAGCGAAGAUCAGAAGAAAAUAUCCCAUCAGCCGUGCAGAGACUGAUAUGAAUUCGGGCGCAGAAAAGUUUGCUCAGCUCAUCUUCAGGCGUCUAAACCCAGACAGGCCAGCCUGUUCUUUUACGACGCAGUUCAGACCUGAUGGUUUCCAAGGACGCGUUGUCCAUCCCAAGGAGGCCAGGGUGUGUACUCCCGCCGAGGCACUCUCUUGUCUUGGGUUCGAGGUUUCCAGCCUUCCGCAUGCCAAGUUGAGCAUCGGCCACAGGUUGGCAGGUAACGCGUUUUCACCCCUUGUGACGAAGGCUAUUUUUGACGCAAUCUGUACCCCUUUGGAAGAACGCUGAUAUCUCAGUCUAGUUACGGAAAAUACGAGCUCGCGUGCCUUGUAGCUUGAAUUCCUCACAACUGUCCUUCUGGACCUUAGCCUGAGCUGUCCUUCCGAGCACGAAUUCUGGCAUGUGUUUCGAAAAAUCGCAUACCCAACUGCCACGACAGAGACAACGGUUGUUGGAGUCAGUCAUGUUGGAUUUGUUUGCGAGCAAGUCACCUGGAUCCAAAGGGACAUAACCGUUUCACCCCUGUCGCGCGCUUACAUUCUCGAGAUUUUUCUGUGGUGAUAUUCCGCGAUGCAUCGCCUUGAAGUGCCUCUUUACCUUCAUCUUGCACCUGAUCAUAACAAGUGGCUCACGUCAAGAGAAGAGUCAGCGAAAAUUCUAUGGAGCAGGUACACUCACCAAAAGGUUAACGCGUAGUUCCCAAAGCUUUACUGCGGGUUCUAUAUCACCGUCGUCGUGUUCAAUUCGAUGUAAGUAGCUCUGGUCGUCGAAAGCGGUGAUAGUCGCGGGAUAAAACUUCCUAUCAACGUGCCAAUAUAUUUCUACACGCCGGCCCACCGCUUUUUCUCGCAGCAAGGCAAGUUGGGCGCUGAUUGAUCCUUUCUUUGCCGCUGAGAGUACCUGCAAGCAGUGGGCAUUAAUAAGUAAACGCACGAGUGAUGAAGUAACCGACAAAUACUCACCCUUAGUUGAGGACAGUUCUGACCUGAUCGCACUCCUUUCAGAGGCGAACGUUUCUUUUGUCGAGUG